AGUAAGCAGAGGGAGGGUCUCCGCGCGCGCUCAAGCGGCUCUCAUUUCAUUUCAAACCUAAAUGAAGUUUAGCUGCUGCUUGUUUCUCCUUCUUUAGUGAGUUGCUUUUCUUUAGUAGCCUAAUCUGAGUUUAUCUAAAAGGCAAAUCUCUGAAUCUUCUCGCGCGAGACAGUUAUAGGGGUUUUUGGAGCAACAGGAGGUUUCAGUAAAGUCAGAGGAGGAGAAGGAGAUUCACUGAGCGCGCAGCUGGCUGUCUGAACGCAGUUUGCCCUCCAACAUGCGCUCACCUGGAGACCAUGUUUGGGUGCUCUGCGGCCUGGUUCAGGUCCUGGUCUUGGUCAGUCCUGCUGCAGGAUAUAACCUGGAUCAAGAGCACAGCUUGGUGUUCCGUGGCCCCGAGUUAUCUAUGUUUGGAUAUUCAGUGCUGCUGCAUCGUCAUGGAGCUCAUAAAUGGCUAGUGGUUGGAGCUCCCGUAGCUAACAUGUCCUCCAAGCCAUCGGUUAAAUCUCCCGGAUCUGUUUUCCGCUGCAACAUCACGGCUGAGCACCACGUUUGCCAACCUUUGCAUGCUGAUGUGUCACAUUGUGGGAAGACGUGUCAACCUGAGAGCGAUUAUCAGUGGCUGGGCGUCAGUUUGUCUCGACAGGAGGAACAAAACGGUGGCCGUGUCUUGGCAUGUGCUCAUCGCUGGAAGAACGUCUACUACUCCAGGCAAGACAACCUAAACAACAAACUACCCAACGGGGUGUGUUAUCUCUAUGGAAAUGACCUUUCAUCACCCCGACACAUGAUACCCUGCUACAAAGACCACCAGAGGAAGUUUGGUGAGAAUUAUGGAUCGUGCCAGGCGGGUAUUUCCAACUUCAUGACGGAGGAUCUGAUCAUCUUUGGGGCACCAGGAACGUCCUAUUGGACGGGUUCAGUUCUGGUCUACAACAUGACCAGCAGAGGGAUAUCAGUGUAUCUGGAUGACGACACCGGAGCGGUCAGCUUCGGAAGCUACCUGGGUUACUCGGUUGGAGCGGGUCACUUUCUGAGUCCUUCCUCUGUGGAGGUGGUGGGUGGAGCUCCACAAUACAACCAGAGGGGCAAAGUCUUCAUCUUCUCGGUAAUCAAUGAGAAGCUGCAGGUGGUUUCAGAAGUGUCUGGAAUGGAACUGGGAUCUUAUUUUGGCUCCAGUGUGUGUGUGGUGGACCUGAACGCCGACGGUUUAUCGGACCUGUUGGUUGGUGCUCCCAUGGCAACGGGCGUCACCAGAGAGGAAGGACGAGUGCAUGUGUAUAUCAACGACGGACAGGCAAAGCUGAAGGAGGCAGAGUUCCAGCUGAAAGGCAGCAACUCUUUCGCUGCCCGGUUUGGGGAGACCAUCGCUACCCUCGGGGACCUGGAUGACAAUGGUUACCCAGAUGUUGUGGUUGGAGCUCCACAGGAAGACAACCUCAAAGGAGCCAUUUACAUCUACAAUGGCAGGAAGGACGGCAUUUCACCAACUCCAUCACAGAGGAUCACUGGGUCCUCUUUGGGUCAUGACCUGAGGAUGUUUGGACAGUCACUAAACUCUGGUAUUGACAUAGAUGAAAAUGGCUACGAGGAUGUGGCAGUUGGUGCGUUCCUCUCAGACUCAGCCGUGGUCCUCAGGACCCGCCCGGUCAUUCAGGUGAAUGCAUCCCUGCUGCUGCCUGAGCAGAUUGACCAGCAAGUGGCACUGUGCAGAAAUCAUAGGACUCAAACUGUUUGCCUCAACGUUACCAUCUGCUUCACUGUAUCCUCCAGACGUUUCAGAGGAUUCAUAGAUCUGCAGUAUAAUUUGACCUCUGACCUUCUUCACAAACCGUCCUUCCCUCACCGUUUCUAUUUCCACGGUAAUGGAACGUCAAACAGCAUCCGGGGACAUGUCAAAGUGCGACACAGCCACACUACUUGCACAACACAUGUGGCAUAUCAGAAGAAAGAUGUGAAGGACAUUUAUACGCCGGUUCAGUUCCAGGUUUCUUAUGGUCUGAGAGAAACAAGGAGCCACAAAGUCUCUAGAAGUUUUCCUCUUUUGAAGCCUAUUUUACAGCAAAGUGAAGGCCAUCGUAACACCAUCAGCAACCAGACGCAGUUUGCUCGUUCCUGCUCCCUGGUGAACUGUUCCACCAACAUGCAGCUGUCAGGUCAACUAGUGCUGCCACAUCAGCAGAAGUUCUUUGCUCUGGGAUCUGGACAAAUUAUGCUGAAAACCUCUCUGCUCAAUGCCGGAGACGAUGCCUUCAUGCCUCGGCUGAUGCUGCGAUUCCCAAAACACAUCCACUACAUCAAAGUGCUGCAGAACCAGGACAACGGGAUCAGAUGUGAUGUCACAGAGGAGGUUAACGCUACGGACGUGAGCGUUCAAUGCAACAUCAACAGCCUUGUCCUUCCAGCCCACACUCAGAUGAAUAUUAGUUUCCUGUUGGACAUUAGUCAGAACAGCACACCUGGAGACGCCCACAUUCACAUCAACACCAGCAGUGAUAACUAUGAGAGGGAGGAGUAUCUCCAUGACAACGCCAUGAUGCUCGUCCUUCCUCUUAAAUAUGGAGUCAGUGUCAGCAUCCAUGGUUUUGUGACUCCCACUUCUUUUGUGUUUGGAGAUGAAGAUUUGAUUCCAGCUGAUUGCUACCCAGAAAAAUUCAACUACACAUACAACGUGAUAAACUCGGGUCCCAGCAGGGCUGUAAACACCGUGGUGGGCAUUGCACUGCCGAAGAUCCUGGCACCGUACCGGCACAGGCUGAUGCAGGUCAUCGACUGGAAGUCGUCACAUGGUUCGUGUUCGAUAAGCGACACAUCCGUUUCGGUCAUCGAGGACUGUGAUGUCCCUCGAGCUUCCUUCAUCAGGAAACUCAUGUUCUUCUUCUCCCCCACCUCCACACGCACCAUGUUCUGUGGACACAAAGAUGAGCUGUGUGAGCAGCUGGUGUGUCAUCUCGGUAACCUGGAUGCAGAAGGAGAUGCUAGCAUACAGCUGGAGGUCAACCUGAACCCUGCUGUUCUGCUGCAGGCGCCUGGUCGUCACGGUAUCAUGAAGCUGGAGAGCACGGCGAGGAUUUUAUCUCCUAAAGAAGAUCGUCACACUGUCCUCAUUAAUUCUCAACUUGUGACACAGUUGGUGGUGGAAGCUGUUUUUACCCAGAAACCCUCAACGGCUGUGAAGAUCUCCAUCAUCGUUGUGAGUUUAGUUUUGGGCCUGAUGAUACUGGCGGCUCUAAUCUGGUGCCUGUGGAAGGCUGGUUUCUUUAAGAGAAACUUCCAGAAGCAGCAGGAGUUCAACAGGGACAGCUGGGACUAUGUUCCUAAACACGACAAGAGGAAGAGCUCUGCCUAGCCUCCACUGCUGCCCUGGACCGUGGCCUCUGACCUCUCACCGUGAGAGGAGCUCACACUGAGACUUUUUUAAGAGGACGCUCAUGAUGGACGGUGAUGGACGCCUCCUGAGCUAUUCUACCAAAUGUUCUGUCACAAAGAAAAUAACUUAUUUAAAGUCUUGAAAAAGACUGCAGCACUGGACGGAUGGAUGAAUCUGAAACUGUCGAUAUUGGACCAGCGAGAAGGGCUCGAGGCUUCCUGAGAUGUGAAUUAACUUUGAGGAGGAAACAAACCAAACAAAAUUACUUUCAGGCGAUCUCAGGGGAAGGAAUCCUGACUUCUGAACACGUUUUCUUAGUUUGUGAUUCUCUUCAUCGUGUUUACCUGCUGAAACAGCACAGACUCACUGAUUGUGUAGCAUCAUUUAACACCGUCAUUAGACCUCUCUGGAUAAUGACAGAAGGAGCUGCAGGAAAAGGGAAGUAAUACUGCUGCUGCACUCUGAAGAUGGUUAUAAAGUGAUGCUGGGUAACGGGCACCAUGCUGCUUUUUGCUCUUUAGCUUGUUUUCAGCAUCAGUUGUAGGAACAUGAAACAGCUGCAGAUAUUAUAAGGAAGGACGUAAAAACAUAGGAGCAGAAAGUCUGAGUCUUGGAAAGCCUUUAUUGGUGACAAUAAUGACAUGGCCACUCUUAUUAACUUAAUUUAAUUUAUGCAGUGCUUUUCAAGUGACUACAUUAUAAACAAAUCUGCAGCGUGAAAAUGUCAAAAUUUAGCAAAAUCUGCAAGAAAAUAAACAGUAGGACUGAAUGAUGGAUGAUUACUUGAAACAAACAUUUAUUAAAUCAAAUAUUAUUUUUUCUUUUUGUAUUCUGUGAAUGCAAAGUGUUAAACAAAUAUUUUCCUUUUUUUUAGGUUUUACAAAUAUAUGUCCCACAAGUGUUUAUAAUACAUUUUAUCAGCUAUAUUUAAUGCACUGGAGAGUUCCACUGGUUUCAUUACAUUUUUAUCAAAAUAAAAAGAUUUUUAUCUAAGCA